AUGUGGAAAUAUGAAACUUGCUCCGAAGGAGAAUUUGGCAAGGGAUGUAACAUUCUAUGUCAAUGCGCUGAACCGGGAUGUAACAGGGAGAAUGGAAUUUGCACAAACCUAAAUAAAGGGUGUUUGGCUGGCUGGAAUGGCACCACUUGUAGCCAAGAAUGCGUUAGUCCGUAUUUUGGAAACAAUUGUGCCUCACAGUGUAUAUGUAGAACACAUGGCUGUAAUCAUAUUGAUGGGACAUGUACAGUACCCGGAUGUCAGACUGGGUGGAUGGGUACCUCAUGCUCCACACAAUGUACUGAGAACACUUUCGGAAUGGAUUGUCAAUUCAUUUGUCAUUGCAAGACACCUGGUUGUAGCCGUUUCAAUGGGACAUGUACCUCGUCCGAUGGUUGUAGCGAUGGAUACGUCAGUAUCACGUGCAGUACAAAAGAAUGCAAACCGGGAUUUUAUGGAGUGAAUUGUUCGAAGCAAUGUCAUUGCAAGGAUGCUGGAUGUCAUUAUAUGACCGGAAACUGCUCGCCAUCAGGAUGUUUGCCGGGCUGGAGAGGAAAUUCGUGUAGCGAAAGUUGUGGCACUGGGAGGUUUGGUGAAACAUGUUCCUUGAUUUGUCCCGUGACGUGUAAAGACUUCUUGUGUCAUCACGAAACCGGGCAUUGCUUAGAUUGCUACCCCGGAAAGUACGGAGUGGUGUGUGGUGCUGAUUGUCCGGACACAUGUACGAACAACACCUGUAAUAAGGACGAUGGACAGUGUCUAACCACUGGUGGGUACAUGAGUAGAUGA